AUGACCGCUGAAGAGGAAUGCAUCCAACAACCACCUUUCCUCCCACAGCAUAGCCUCCCCAUCAACAAUCCGUGCCUCUCCUGGUGGCAACAAACCACCCGCUCAUUCCCCCACCUCAACGCCAACUGCACCACGCCCACCCCAUCAGCCACCAAAUACCUCAUCAUCGGCACCGGAAUAGCCGGCGCCCUCACGGCCUUCGAGCUGAUCCACUCAGCCGGCGUUCCGGCAGCCGACAUCCUCCUUCUUGAGGCCCGCGAGGCCGCGUCGGGCGCCUCCUCCCGCAACGCAGGCCACGUCCGCCCCGACGCCUUCCGCGGCUUCCAGGUCUACCGUCGCGUCCACGGCACCGACCAGGCCCUCAAGAUCAUCGCCAACGAGCGCGACGUGUUCUCCCGCCUGAGUGCUUUCGUGGAGCGCCACUCUGUCCGCUGCGACUUCAACGCCGCCACCACCCUCGACGUGUGUCUCACGCCCGAGUUUGCAGAGUUCAACGCACGCAGUCUGAGCGAGUAUCGUGAGGCUGGCGGAGACGUGAGCCAUGUGACUGUGUACGAGGGAGCCGAGGCGGCGCGGCGCUCUGGAAUUGAGGCGGCUGUCAGCGCGUAUGAGUGGCCGGCAGGGUCGAGCCAUCCUGCAAAGUUGGCGCAGUGGCUUCUGGGCAAGAGCAUUGAUGCAGGGGCGAGGCUGUUCACCCACUGCCCUGCAACCAAGGUGACGAGAUCGACGAACUCAAGUGGUGGGACAAGCACAGCCUGGGAUGUCGAGACGCCGAGGGGCACCAUCACGGCUGAAGUCGUCGUCCACUGCACCAACGCCUUCGCAGGCCACCUGCUGCCCCAGCUGGCCCCUUUUGUCACGCCCAACCGCGCCCAGGCACACCUCUUCGUGCCCCCGCCCUCGCUAGCCGGCCAUCUGGCCCUGCAGAGCACCAUGUCGCUGCGCCACAGCCUCCACCACUUCUACUCGGUCAUGCAGCGCAAGGCAGACGGCCUCAUCGUGCUGGGCGCACCCAGGAAAAGCCCCAACAUCAGCAAGGAGGCGCGCGAGAGCGUCUUCACGACCAACGACACCAACUUUGUCGAGGAGGUCGUCGCGGACGCCGUGGGCAAUUUUGAAAAGUGCUUUCCUGUCUGCGACAAGACGCGCCUGCGCCAUGGCGAGGGCCUGCAGCACUCGUGGACGGGCAUCAUCGGCAUGACGACCGACUCGGUGCCGUUUGUGGGCAAGAUUGAGAGUCUGCCGGGGCAGUAUGUGUGUGCGGGCUUUAAUGGACAUGGGAUGGCGAGAAUAUUCAACUGUGCACCUGGUGUGGUCAAGAUUAUCCAGGGUGAGGCGUGGGAGGCGACUGGGCUGCCGGAAUGUUUUGAUGUUACGGAGCAGCGGCUGGGAAAGCUCGCCAAGGGAAACAUGGAGACUGUGUUCUAGUUACAU